AUGGAUAGAAUUGUUUUUGUUCACAAGGUGAUUGUGGUGAAGCUCAAAACUUUGUUCAGAAGAGUUAUGGUUAGGCAACGUUCCCAACAUUUUGAAAUCAAAAGUUGUCCUAAAAAUCUCGACAUUUUUUGCAAUUAUGUACUCCUCUGUCUUUUUUGACCCAAAGCAAGUGAAUAUUGUCUGUUAAAGAAGCUCAUGUCCAAUGAACUUGCACAAAAAAUCUCCAAGCGCUUCAAAUUCCUAUUCUAGGCUGUGGAGAACAUGUGUACAAGUAUUCUAGGACGUCAUGUGAUUUGUGAUGCUAUCAUCAGAGUCACAAUGUUUUACCUGGACCACACGCCUACGGAAAGUGUGAGAACCUUUUUCAUCUCAACGGCAGUUGUGAGAAAACGUUGUUUACAGGUGUGUAAGAGGUUUUUCUUCUGUUCGAACCACGGCUUUUUCGAUUGGUGGCAUACGAAGGUUGAUUUCCCCGAAGGAUCACAAAAUUCAACUAUUUGGAAGGUAUUUCGGGAGUAUGGUGUUCAGGGACUGUAGAAAAUUUCAGAUUUUGAACUCGAGAGACAAAGUACUGGAUUCUAACAAAGCUUGGGAAACAUCUGUUAAAUCACUGUUGGUGAGCCAAAGUUCUGCUAUAGAAUUGGAAGAUUUACCUGAAGGAGCAGUAUAUGAAAUUGUCCAGUUUGUACUGA